AUGGGGGAGCUUCUUAAUACUCUCAACCUACAGAGGGGGAAACUGAGGCACGGCUAUGCACUGGCACAAGCUGGAUUCUCCCUUCCUUUCCACGAGGGUCUGGCUGCCCAGUCCACCCUCUCCCCAACCUGCCACCUCCAGAUCGUGGAAGCGGGGGCUGCUGACCAAGCCGGCGACAGCAAUUCCCUAGAGGAUGACUGGGCCCCUGCACACCUCAGCAGUGACGGCCUCCCACCCCUCCUCCCUGAAUGUAUCAAAGGGGAGAUGGUCAGCCACCUGACCCAGACCAGCUCUGGUCAUCCAUAUGCUAGGGCUCCUGAGACCUCAGCUGGCUGUGAAGGGCUCCAAGGACCUGCAGCCCACGAGCUGGGGAAGCAGCAGUCUAAAGCAAUACAGGACCCAACUGGAAUGCGGGUGGGGCUGGUGUGGGCGGAGGCUGGACUGGGCGGGGAGUCCCCGAGCUCAAGCCACCCUGCUCCCCUCAGGUUCCCUGAGGAAGACCCGUGCUGGGGGGACAGCCAUGAGUACCGCCUCUGCCAGCUGCCAGAAUGUCCCCCAGGGGCCGUACCCUUCCGGGACAUACAGUGUGCACUCUACAAUGGCCGCCCUGUCCUGGGCACCCAGAAGACCUACCAAUGGGUGCCCUUCCACGGGGCGCCCAAUCAGUGUGAGCUCAACUGCCUGGCCCAGGGGCAUACUUUCUACCACAGCUUUGGCCGCGUCCUGGACGGUACCCCCUGCAGCCCAGGAGCCCAGGGUCUCUGCGUGGCUGGCCGCUGUCUGAGUGCCGGCUGUGACGGGGUACUGGGCUCGGGCGCCCUCGAGGACCGAUGCGGCCGCUGUGGCGGUGCCAAUGACUCUUGCCUCUUCGUGCAGCGCGUGUUCCGUGACGCCGGUGCCUUCGCGGGCUACUGGAACGUGACCCUGAUCCCCGAGGGCGCCAGACACAUCCGCGUGGCCCAGCGCAGCCGCAACCACCUGGCGCUGCUGACGGGCGACGGGCGCUACGUGCUCAACGGGCGCGGGGCGGUCAGCCCGCCCGGCACCUUCGAGGCCGCGGGCACCCGCGUGGUCUACAUCCGGGCCCCGGGGCCCGAGGAGACGCUGCACGCCGCCGGCCCCACCUCCCAAGACCUGCUCCUGCAGGUCCUGCUGCAGGAGCCCAACCCCGGGGUGCACUUUGAGUUCUGGCUCCCUCGGGAGCGCUACGGCCCCUUCCAGGCGCAGGCGCAGACUCUGGGCUGGGCCCUGCGGCAGCCUCAGCCCCGGGAGGUGGAGCCCCCGUCCCCGGACCUCCCCCCCGCGGCCGUCCCCACGAGGGCCCGGACCCCCACUGUCCCCCCCCCCCCCGACACCCGCGGUCGCGCCCACCGGCUGCUCCACUACUGCGGCAGCGACUUUGUGUUCCAAGCCCGAGUUCUGAGCCGCCACCGCCAAGCCCAGGAAACCCAGUAUGAAGUUCGAAUCCUGCUGAUUUAUAAGAACCACUCACCACUACGGACUCGAGAGUAUGUGUGGGCACCAGGCCACUGCCCCUGCCCACCACUGGCUCCCCACCGAGAUUACCUGCUGGCUGUCAGGCGCCUCGUCAGCCCUGAUGGCACACAAGACCGGCUGCUGCUGCCUUACGCUGGCUAUGCCCGGCCUUGGAGCCCAGCUGAGGACAGCAGGGCUCGACUGGCCUCCCGCCGUUGUCCUCUCUGAACCCCUAGAGGAUGCCUUCACUACACACAGCAAGAACAGCACACCUGACAGACCUCAAACUCAAUGCAAUUUGUCCUUUCUCCAUGGCUCACCCUCACCCAGGAAAUUUCCAAUAGCUCCCAUAUGCAGCCGUGUGAUUUCCCUGUCACACAGACACCUUUGCAUGCAGUUGGAUCCAUUGUCACAAGCAGAUAGGCCCUGGUGAGGAUACACUAAGACUGAGCAGAUGCGAACGCUUAUUUCUCUUCUCAUCUUGGCUGCCAGGAAGCUCAUAGCUAUUAUUUACAGCCAGAAAUGUUGUGUCUUUUAGUUUUCCUUGCCUGGCACUCAAUUGCUUAGUCAUGAAUAAGCAGGUUCAAGAGAAAGACCUACCUAAAAAGACAUUAUAAUGUACUUCUCCAUCUUUUCCUGGCACCAUGAAGCUCCUCACCCAGACAUGUUGUGUGCUCAUUUCUCUCUCUCUCUCACACACACAUCCCCUUGUACAUUCACAGACUGGCAUACCCUUUAAGGA